AUGAGCUCCUGUCUCCGCCCCUCUCUCAGCAGCUUUCUCUCAAAGCUGAGUGGAUUGGGGACCCUGAUCCUUUGCUCUCGCCUCCUCUCUUCUUCCGUCCUUCCUUCCGCCCCUCGUCCCGUGCGAUGGCACGGAGCGAGUGAUUGAUGGGCCGCUCCCCCGCCUCCCUGUCCAAGCUGAAGCUGGGGAAGCUGAAGGUGGUGCGGCGGCAGCUGCUGCAGCGCUAUGAGCACCAGCCCUUCAUCUCCUGCCUGGCGGGCUUCUACGGCUGCCAGUGGAAGCGCUACCAGAGGGCACGUGCCCAGCCGGGCGAGUGCUGCUGCAGCAAGUUGGAAUGUGGCAGUUUUGGCAUCCUGAUAGUGACAUUUUGCCUUACCUUGGUGUUCCUGUACUUCUGGAGUGAGGCACAGAAUGACUACAAUGACUUUGACUGGUUCAACUUCUGGAAAAUGGGCUUCUGGUUCCCCUGGUCACUGGUCUUGCUGAUUGUUGCUGCUGUGCUCUUCACCUACAUCGCCAUCUUGCUGGUGCUUGCAGUGUGUCUUCUCUCUGAGGGACAGAGGCUGUAUUUACACUGGAGCCACAAGAUUGGGAUCCUGGUGACAUUGACCUUCUCCAUUAGUGCCACUGCUGUGCUGUCUGAGCAGUGGAGCAAGGAGUGGAAAACGCUCCUUCUGUCUUUUCAGGUCACAGCACCGUUCCUGCAUGUGGGUGGAGUCUCGCUAAUGACGCUCUUGUCCUGGCCAGUAGCAUUGCACUUCUUCCGCAUGAAUAAAAGAGUGCGGCAGGUGGCUAUCCUUGGGCUGUACCUGGCGGUCCUCUUCACUCUGUACCUGGUGCCCCUGGGCAUGUACUCCCCCUGUAUCAAAGAGGAGGGCAUGCUGGGACCUCCCCCUGCCCUCAUUGGACACAGAGGAGCUCCCAUGCUCGCUCCAGAAAACACACAGCUGUCCUUCGAGAAAGCCGUGGAGGCAGGAGGAGAAGGGCUGGAGACAGAUGUGACAAUCAGUUACGAUGGGGUACCCUUCCUAAUGCAUGACAAUACUUUGUGGAGGACGACCAACGUGCGCGAGGUGUUCCCCAACCGGACGGACACGCCGGCCUCCAUGUUCACCUGGAGCGAGCUGGAAAUGCUCAACGCCGGGGCCUGGUUCCUCUCGUGCGACCCCUUCGGGACUGCUUCUUCACUGGACCCUGAUGACCAGGUCAGGGCUCAGAACCAGACGGUCCCCAGGCUGAGGGACUUCCUGGACCUGGCUGCUCUGCACGGCAAGCUGGUGAUCUUUGACCUGUACCGCCCACCCAGCGAUCACCCUUACAGGGACACCUGGAUCAACCGCACCCUGGAGGUCCUCCAUAACGAGUCGUCCCUCAACUCCAGCCAGAUCUUGUGGUUACCCUCAGAGCAGAGGGACAUGGUGCAGGAGAUUGACCCUGCCCUGCAGCAGACCUCUGGAAGCAAGACCUCUAUUGAGGAGCUGCAGGAGAACCAUAUUGUAAGACUCAACCUCCACUACAGCUCCAUGUCUCAGGAGCACAUCAGUAAGUACUCCUCCGGGAACAUCAGCACUAACCUGUAUGUGAUCAGCCAGCCCUGGCUGUACUCUCUGGCCUGGUGUGCUGGGGCCCAGUCUGUCACCACCAAUGCCCUGCACGUCCUCAAGAAGCUGCGCAGGCCGCUCUUCCUCAUGACUCCAGAGGAGUACAGCCUGAUGUGGAUCCUGACAGACGUGGUGUCCUUGGUGCUCAUCGCCAUCGUAUUUGCGUUCCAUUGGUGGCGAGAGAGAGGCCUGCCCUUCUGGUCAGGCAGCAGACAGACACACGAGAAUGGAACCUACAGCAAGUUCAGAACUGCAGAGCUGAGCGACGUGUGGUCCAUCUCUGGGGUUACUGUUCGGGGAGAGGCCCGAAGCCUGCCCACCACUCCUAACCUGCCCACCAUUUCAGAACAGCCGGAGCCGGUGGUCUGAGAGGGGGAAAGGAAGGCUAUGGCUGCCUCUCCUAUGUCCUUAAACCAUCUGACUAAUACUCCCCCCACCUGGCAACCCAUAAACUCUCACUGCUUCCUGGCAGUGUAUUUAACACAGACAAGUCCGGCUUUUGGCAAACCGUCCAGAGAUUCACGCUGUGACAUUAUUUUUAUAUGUGAAGUAAGUUCCCUGCUGUGGUCAUCUGCUGUUGUGAAGGGAAGUGAAAGAAACCCCUUCUGCAGUUAUCUCAUGUUUACUAAUGAUUCAGCCCCCCUCCUCCCCCCCAAAUCAGCCAAGAGGGAAGGACAGAGCUGAGGAUGACCCAGUUAAACCUGGACCCACUGGACCCCACCCAGUAUCCAUCAACACAUCCUCCCCCUGAGAUGUGACGGUUCCAAUCCACAGGAUUCUCCGUGUCUGCAGAGCUCUUGGGGUUCAGUGUGGGAAGUAGUGGUGUCAAAAUGGAGUCGCCUUACAGUCUCCUCUUCAAAGGCUGAACGGGACAUUAUUGACUUGAAAGAGGAAUGUCAUGAUCUAAUAUUAUAGAUCUAUUUAUAUUUUACAUUCAUGUAAAACAUCCACAGCAGUGGCACUGGUUAAAAAAAAAAAGAAUUAAAAUGAGGGCAAUGUUAUAUUCUAAAUGUGUUUCAGUGAGCACAUGGGUGAGUGGUGUAAUUUUGUGUGUGCGAGUGUGGUUUUAUUACAGUAAGAUUUUAGCUAUGUUAAUGAUAUUGCUAUGUAUGAAUGUACCAUAAAAUGGAUGGGUUGCAUUGUACUCCCCAGCCUAGCCAAGCCUAGCAUGAAAUUAGAAGAAAAGUGCUGCUUUUUCAUGUUUAAAAAGGCUUAGAGAGGCACAGAGAGAAACAACCAGUCUGCUGAAAAGUUCUUCAUAAUGAAGGGAGAGUAAUAAGCCUGAAAAAGGAUGAAGCUCUCAUGUGCAAUCAGACGUUUUGAGUUAUAUGAAUUUCUGCAACUUUUUUUUUGCAGUUUUCCAAAUGUGAAUGGGCACUACUUAUUUUCAUUACACAUGAAAAUAACAUUAAUUGACUUUGUAAAAAAAAAAAAAAAAACGCAUGAAGGUUUCAAUGAUUUGACUGCCUACUAUUCUGGAGCUGAAAUGAUGGUUUCACGUUUUCCUGACUAAAAAGUGCAAAAAGUAAUUUCAGUGGAAACACCUGGCUUAGCUGGUGCUCAGCACAAAUGUACUGUUUUUAGCACUCAUGGAUGAGAAAAUAUAAUUCUAAUAUAAACACAGCAUUUCGAUUGGUUCAUAUGAGUUAGGACAUGGAAGUUCCUAUCAGAUUAGGACUGUUGAGGCCCCAUUCUCCCACCACUUAUUGGCUUUUCCUGGCAUGUUGGUUUUUGUCUUUCAAUAAGACCAAGCAUAUGUCCAAGCAUGUAUACUGCACAGACCUUUACAUGCAACUGAACAUUAAUUUAAACCCUGAUUUCCAAAUAAUUUCAUUGUUUCAUGUUUACAGAUAUGUAUAUAGUAUAUAAUAAACCACAAUCUUCAAGGCUCAUGAAACAGCUAAUUAUUUUCAAAAGAAGUAAUCACCAUGCAUUUUCUGACAAUUCUGUGAUUUAAGAGGAGAAAGAAAACAAAAACCCUACAAAUUCAACCAAAAAUACUGACCCUUCUGCUAAGGAAAUUAAGGUACUGGCUGACGGUGAAAUAAACAGAAACUUGACAUUCUCCUUGGCAGUGUCCCACACUGCCCCAUAUAUAUGACCAUCAAGUCAAAUUGAACUGGACUGAAGCUCAGGUACUUCAGAUGACUUGAUGGAACAUUUCUUGCAUUUAUCUAAAAGAGAGAACAGUGAUGUUUUAUUCUGCUGCUCUUCCCUGUGAAAUGCAGGCGACUGUGAGAGAUUGUGUGAGGUCCACGUGCUGUAGGCCCUGUAGACAUUAUUGUUACGAAAGGGCAAUUAUGUAGUUACCGUAUGUUCUGGGUUAUGAAAUGAAUAGAGUGGCACAUUUAUUUUUUAUUUUUUUAUGCUGUGUGGAUGACAGCCAUGAUUUUAUUUUAUAGCAACCUCUCUGGACUGUAAUAUUAACAACCAUCUCAUAUUAAAAAUAUAAUUUUGGACAAUU